UUUUCUUUUGUUAGUGUUCAUUAUAUGGCAGGUCCAGUACUAUCCUAACAGUCUACCAAUGGAAUCAGAAGCUAAAGAAGGAGAUGAAGAAAGUCUGCAAACUGCUUUCAAAAAGCUGAGAGUAGAUCCAGCUGGGUCUUCUACGUCUAUGAGUGAAGGUAUUGGCCUGAGAACUCCUGUCCGAGCAACUGUGGAUGGAGCCAGGCAUCAAACUGUCUGCUCAAGAGAGACCUGGCAUGGGUGUUCAAGGAAACCCUUGAGAGGGGCGACGAGGCCACAGCGCCGCAGGCGUUCCAAAUCCCCUGUCCUUCAUCCCCCCAAGUUUACAUACUGCGGUAUGAAAGCAUCCUCUGCAAGUAACCAGCUGAAACAUAAAAGCCAGGCAGAAGUUUCAAAGAGCCAACUCAGUCCAGACCCUGGCAUUACCGAAGAGCCAUACUUGGGAGGAAAGAGAUGCCCUCUUUUUGACAGCGGUAACUGCAGGAGAGCCAGAGCAGAGCACCGGAGCGCUUGCACAAGCGAACAACCUUCGGAGAAUUUGAGAAAGAGCUGUCCUGUUUUUUCUUUGGCCUUCGAGACCAGCCUGGAUCCCAGCCAUCCUUCAGAUUUCCAGUCGUUAUCCCAGCUGAGUUACGGGAAGCAGUGCUCUGGUCUGGACAAGGAAUGCCGGUGCAAACCAUGGCAAGCGAUAAAAGCGUAUUCGUUCUCUGGCUUGCGGAGCGUCCUGUCAGAAUGUGAAAAAGCCGUCCUGGAAGUGCGUUCACAAUCACUGCCAAACAGGUCGCCCUCUGGUACAUGUUCGUCAGGCUCUGCCCGGUCGUGUUCUGAGCAAGCCCGUGUCUUUGUGGACGACGUGACUAUUGAAGAUCUUUCAGGGUACAUGGAGUAUUAUUUGUAUAUCCCCAAGAAAAUGUCCCACAUGGCAGAGAUGAUGUACACUUGACAUGAGAAUCAUGGGUUGGCAAUUCAGUGGUGGUAGUGAGAUGUUCCCUCCGUGCCAUAGUUGGAAAUGUAUCCAUUGUUACUGCUGCGUGUUUGAUCAAAUGUUUAUUUGCACCAUACAGUGUAGUUUUUUAAAUAAAGUGAAAAAAGAGACAA